AUGUCAUCACACGAAAGGCAUCUUUCAUCGAGUUCCGUCUCUAGUCAAACCCCAUUGAAGAAGACUCAUAGUCAUGGAUCUAUAUAUCAAGGAACCGAAGAAUGUCAACCAAAGUUAAAGUUAUUUGAGAAUCCACUGGCUCAUAAUAGAAGAAAAUAUUCGAUAACCCCUCCAAUUCCGAGUCCCAUACAUGAGAUAUCUGGUCCUAUCAAUAUUGCUCGAAAGCAAUCAUACGAUGAAUCGAUCGAAAACCAAUAUGAUGAUAGGAAAGUCGAUCCAUUUUCAAAAGAUGAUGCAGAAGAAGAAAUGUUCGAAACACCCGAGUUUCGAAGAUAUGAGGAGACUACGAACAUGGAACUUUUCUAUGAUCUUUUUUUCGUUGCGAAUUUGACUACGUUUAACGAUGUACAUGAUGUCAAUGAAAUCGAUGCACUGAAGUCAUAUGCGGGGUUUUUCUGCAUUCUUUGGUUCUUAUGGUUACAAGUUAGUCUGUUUGAUGUUAGGUUUGUUACGGAUAGUAUAUUGGAGAGAAUAGGAAAAGCAUGUCAAUUUGGUGUGAUGAUUGGAUUGGCGAUUGUAGGACCGGACUUUAAUUCAUCGGAUCAAAAGCCUGGUGCUUUUCGUUCAUUGGCAAUCAUCUUAAUGUUUUCGCGACUGAUUUUGAGCUUUCAAUAUUCUGUUAUAUUGUAUCAUGUUUGGUAUUAUAAAAAUUCAAAAUUGCCACUUUUUCUUGUUGUUGUGGCCAAUGUCAUAGCUGCAUUAAUAUAUUUUGGCAGUUUUUUUGGAUUCUCAGAAGAAACAUCUAAGACUGGCAAGGUGUUCAUUGUUUGGUAUGUCACAGCUAUCUUAGAGACUGCAGUCAACAUUGCUAUAUCGUCGAAAUGGAAGGUUUUAAGUUUUAGAGGAUCUCAUCUUGUCCAAAGAAUGACUCUACUUACUUUGAUCAUUUUGGGUGAAGGUAUAAUUGGAGUUAGCAAAAGUAUUGCAGAUAUUGCAGAACAAGAGGAGAAAUGGACCGCACCACUCAUUCUUACUAUUGUAUCAGCUGUUGGAAUAAUUUACUUCCUCUACAUGCUUUAUUUUGACUGGCUUAACCGAUCCCAAUUCGGUUCCAUACGUCAACAAAUCUGGGCAUUUAUCCACUUCCCAUUCCAUCUGGCACUGGUGUUUCUCGUUGAGGGUGCUGCCCAAUUCAUCAGAUGGCGAAAGGUAGUCGAGGUUAUUAGCCAAGUCAGCAAGCAAUACGUGGAUCAAUUCAAGAAAAUCCCCGCCGUCGAUAGUCUCGAUCUCAAAACACGCUUAGCAAACGUCACUCAAGAUUCUCUAUUCGAUAAUUUCGGAAUCGAUCCACCGGAAAGUGAUAAUGCGGUUACAGAUCCUAAUGAAGAGUGGAAUGAGAAUAUUGGAGUUCUCGCUCUUGUGUUCACCUACUUCUUCCUCGCCUCUGGCCUAACCCUCAUCCUGAUGAACAUCCUCCACGCUCUCAGUCGACCCCAAAUGACGCGUGCAGAUAAAUUCCGCAGCGCAGUCAAUUUCAUUCUCUCUAUCACAUUACUCGGAUUAGCGGGGAUAUCGAAUACCGAAGCGGGAUUUGCCUUCGCGCAGAGUGCGGGGGUUUUGCCGAGUGUGGCGGGGGUGUAUUUUUUUGUUAUGUUAUUAGGAUACACGAAAUUGCUCUGGUGA